AAAUCUCCUUCUCUCACUUACCCGAAAGGCCGAAACCGUUUCUGAAGGGUGAAGAGCAGUCAGCACUCAGCAGAGAGAGCGCAAGAAAGCAAAGAGUGAGGUUAAGAAAUGGCGCAAGCUAUGGCUUCCAUGGCUGGCUUACGCGGUUCGUCUCAGGCCGUUUUGGAAGGUAGUCUCCAGCUUAACGGCUCCACCCGCUUGAGCGUACAUGGCAACAACCGUCUAGCCGUGAGCCGAUCCGGUUUCACCGUCAGAGCUCAACAAGCGUCGUCCGACAGCGAAUCCGCUUCUCAGAGUAGCCGUCGAGCAGUCCUUGGGCUCGUUGCCGCCGGCUUGGCCACCAGUUCUUUCGUUCAAGCAGUGCUUGCCGACGCUAAGUCGAUCAAGCUGGGCCCUCCCCCACCGCCGUCCGGUGGACUGCCCGGAACUCUAAAUUCAGAUCAGGCAAGGGACCUUCAGUUGCCAUUGAAGAAUCGGUUCUACCUUCAGCCACUGACUCCAACGGAAGCAGCACAGAGAGCAAAACAGUCUGCCAAGGGCAUUGUUGGUGUGAAGGAAUUGAUAGACAAGAAAGCAUGGCCUUACGUCCAGAACGACCUCCGUCUCAAGGCUGAGUAUCUACGCUACGACCUCAAUACCGUCAUCUCUGCUAAGCCCAAGGAGGAGAAGAAACCCCUUAAGGACCUAACUUCCAAGCUCUUCCAAACCAUCGACAGUCUGGACCACGCUGCCAAGGUUAAGAGCACCCCUGAAGCAGAGAAGUACUAUGCUGAGACUGUGUCGACCCUAAACGACGUCCUCGCCAAGAUUGGUUAAGUGACAGGGAAUUCCUUCUAAUGUAUCUGCUACUGUAAUAUCCUUCUUUUUUUAACUUUUAUUCAUGAGACACUUCUCAGUUCAACGUAAUUCAAAGAGAAUUCGGUUUAAGAAGUCAGCUUCUUUAAAUUAUA